CUCCUUGUUUCAUCUUAGAAGAUCUCUCUUUUUAUUUAUUUAUUGCUUCUUCUUCUCUUUUCUGACUCUCUCAUUGAAUGUCACAAUAUUAAAAGAACAGCCUGAAUCUUAAAUUUAAUACCAAACUAAGAUUGAACAAUACAAUCUUUCUUUCUUUCUUCCCCCAUUUUAAGCUUCAAAACACCAGAAAUCUGUCUUCCUAAUGGGGAAGAAACUGAAAUUAAUCCCUUUCCUCUUCAGAACCAUCUCCUCCUCCGAUCCCCCUCCUUCUUGGACCUGGCCUUCCUGUACCAAUCAACCCAAAACCCUCUCAUUCCGCGCCGGUGCCGACAUACUCAAAACCGCCAACUCUGUCUUCUCCGUCGAAGAAUCAAGCUCCGGCGACGACGAGAAAGCAGUUUUAAGAGGUCUCAUGGCUAAAGACAGACUGUUCUUCGAACCAGGACAAACAAGCUCGAUUCUUGAAUCUCCUCCCCUGCCUCCUAAACAGAGGAAAAAGAAGAAGGAAGCCUCGCCGGAGAUGGCGCAAACAGAGGAGAUGGAUUCCUUGGAUCCGGUUAUGGAUUUCCGGCGGUCAAUGGAAGAAAUGGUGGAAGCUCAUGGAAUGAAAUAUUGGGAUGGACUUGAAGAAUUAUUGGGAUGGUAUUUGUGUGUGAAUGAAAAGAGUAAUCAUGGUUAUAUUGUUGCUGCUUUUGUUGAUUUGAUCAUAGGAAUUUGUUUAUCCGAGGAGGAGUUGUCGGAAUCUUUGUCUCUAUCUUUUUCUUCUUUGCUAACCCGGUCGGAAGAAGGAGAUGAUCAUCAUCAUCAUAAGGUUCUUCAUAAUAAUUCUAUGUCUACAUCAAUUUCAUCACAUUCUCCAACAUCUGCACUUUCAUUCUCUUCUUCUUCAACAAGUUCAUGUUCUAUUCUUCCAAGUAGCUUGCAGGCCUUGCUAAAAGCAGAUGAUGAUCAAGACAAGAUUCAGAAUUCUUAAAUCUUUAACUCUUUAUUAGAUUUCUAUGCUUCUAAUUAAUUAAUUAAUUAAUACCCUUUUCUUUCUUUUUUGUAUAAGCAAUAGUAUUAUUAAGUUUUGUUUAAUGAAUUUGACUUCAAGAUUAGAUGGU